CCCACAUAGCAUAUCACAUCAUCCACCACCAACCACUCCGAGAUGACUUUUACAGUGUCCAUGUUGGACACUCUCGGCGUUCACUCAUUUGCUUUUUGUUUGUUUAGCCCUGGAUGUCUGAGCCGUGUGGAUGAGACUGUAGUUAGCGUUUCUCUUCAGGAGCUCUCUAUGCAAACCUACCGUGAAGGGAACCGAGAUGCUGAGGGCGCCACCUGUGAGGCGCGUGCACGACUUUCCCAGCUGCGCGUGCAUGCGGUGAGGGCGCGCGCUUCACAAUGACGCGUGUAGUAAAACGGACUCGUUUAACAAAAGCUGUCUGUCUUUCAGCACAUACGUGUGAGUAAACACACCUGAAGGCUACCACAAGCACUCCGGACAGAUGUUUCGGCUCGUGGUCAGGUAAAGAUUGAUGGAUGCAGAUCUAAAUAGCUGUUGGAGGAAGUGGAUGUGAUGUUUCCUGAAGGCAACGUCUGGACCACCUUCAUGUUCCUUCUGCUCCUGGCCACCGGAGCGCCAGCAGAGAAAAUAUGCUCCGUGCUCUCGAACCACGAAGUCCACAUGGGCUCGAGCUUCCAUAUCUACUGCAUCUUCAAGAAGGAAUGCAGCAGACUGAUAUACCAAGAUGAAGUGUUAUUAAAUUACAGCAGCUUGAACUCAACUGUGGUGAUUAUGCGCAUCGUGAAUCUAACUCGGACCACCACCUUCACGUGCAAAUGUCGAAACGAGCCAGAACCCUGUGGCACCGACAUCGUUCCGGGGUAUCCACCUGCCGUUCCACAGAACCUCACAUGCAUUCAGGAAGGAGAAUUUGGCAAAGUAAACUGCACAUGGAAAACAGGAUGGGAAACGCACGUCAAGACCACAUCGCAUCUGUGGGUACAAGGAGCCUCUCCUGUACGUUAUGGAAGUGUUGCAGUCCAUGACGGGGCCCGUUCGGCCUUAUUUCCUGUCUCAGGCACACAAAGCGACUUCUCGGUGUGGGUCCAUGCGAAUAACAGCCUUGGCUCUGCGAACUCCACUCUCCUCAUCUUUUCGCUUCAUGAGAUAGUGAAACCGCUGAGCCCCAAGAUCACGAAGGUGGAAUGCUUUUCAAGACAAUGCCAGCUCUAUCCGGACAACACCCAAAACAUUCAGCUGGUAGAGAUCCGAUAUGAAGAACAACAGGAUAGCUGGAACACCGUCUCAUUCAACAACACCCCAUCGACAAGGAACUGGACUAUAACAUCACUGAAUCCGUAUCACACGUACACAUUUGAGGUCAGAUGGAAACUGGGCCCAACAAGAGGUCUGUGGAGUGAGUGGACCCGGAUCAAGAACAAGACCGAUGAAGAAGCUCCUGUAACGAUGCUUGAUGCGUGGUAUAUUGAAGAACCCUCACAAACGGGCAGCAGAUCGUUCCAGAUAUUUUGGAGGGAGCUGGACAAAUCAGAAGCCAGAGGAAAGAUUCAGCAGUAUAUUGUGACAGUGAUUGAAAAGGGAACCAGAAACACGACUGCUCUUCUUGGAAAUAAAAUCAACGUGUCCUGUUUUCCCUGCAAUGUGUCCAUUUCCGCUAUGAACUCAAAAGGCCAGUCUCCUCCCCGACUCAUUCAGCUGAAGCCUAUAGCUCUUCUUCCCUACAAGGUGUCACACACUCGUGUGAAUAAUCGCACUGUCGCCCUCACCUGGCCGACGCCUGGAAGUGCAGAUGCGGUCACAGAGUUCUUGAUAGAGUGGUUUCCUGUGGGACGGAAACAUUCACCUCAGUGGACCAGAGUGGAGCGGCACCUGAACACAGCGUAUAUUACUGGUUUGCAGCCUGCAGAGUGCUAUGAAGGUGCAGUGGUCUAUCUACACUCAUCUGGGGCAAAAAAAGCCAUCUUCAACAGGAUCUCUACCUGGCAGACAGCUCCACAACAGAGUCCUGUGCCUAGCGUCGUGGUGAAGAGUGAAAGCGUGGAGGUCAAAUGGAGUGAGAUCCCACCAAAUAAGAGAGGAGGCUGUCUGGACCACUACACCAUCUACCUGAAGGAUUCGGCGAGCAAAAUUCAGAAUUACAGUGUCUCAUACAAUCAGAGAGAGUUCACCAUCAGUGGCUUGAUGCUGGGACAUAAAUACACACUGUGGGUCUCAGCCUGGACUACAGCAGGAGAAAGUCCUGUAGAACACGAGCACCUGUUCAAACACACCAGAGAAACAUUAGAUACGAAACCCCUGGCUCAGCUCAUCCCAGUGGGAAGUGCUGUUUUCCUCACCUGUCUGUGUCUCCUGUGCUUAUGUCAGUUCUCUUCAGUACACAGAAGAAUUUCAAGAUGUUGUCACUGCCUAAUGCCGAGCAUCGUCCCAGAUCCUGCAAACAGCAAAUGGGCAAAAGAGUGCACAAGAGAGAAGGGUGAGAUGAAACUGCAGCUGCACCUCAGCGAGUCCAGCAUGAGUGAAGAGGAGCCGAAUACAGUGGAGGUGGAGGAAUUUCCCCAGGAGAAAUUACCUGAAGACGAGCCAGUCUCCACCGAGGAAACACUACACCCAGUCAACCCGCCGGACGAAUCGACACCGUAUCAACAUAACAUCACCAGCUCUUACCUCAAAAGUUUCUCCAACGAGUCAAGCAGCUCGGACGCCACCCAGGCCUCCAGGAGCACAGACAUUACCGUGGAUUACAUUUCUACUCACGGAGUGAUGAGUGGAGGAGAGGAUGAUGAUAAUGAUGAUGAUGGUGACGAAGAGCACGAGGCGUUUGACUUCUUCCCCUGCCCCAAGAGCCCCUUCCUGGAGCCGCUCAUAUCCAUCGGAGGAAAAUUGACUCUGGACUCAGUGAAAAUAGACUGCAGUGAUUUCUUAGAUUGUGCAUGAACCUCUGUGUUAAUGACUGUUAAGAAAAUCGUUACGAUGCAUAAAUUUGUCAUCCUCAUGAUGUUUUUUAAGCAAACUGUCCUUUUUUAACCAGUUAACACUAACAGUUGAAUCAGUAUGUUCAUGUUAAUUAUAAAACAUCACUCAGUUAUACAAUUAUGUGAUCAUAAUGAUAUUUUAGGUCAUGUGAUUCCUUACGUCAUGUUUUCAGAGCUUUAAUACGAGGUUGUUUUUUUUUUAAGCCUUCACAACUUACCUCAGUUUUUGCUAUUAUGCAGGUGUAAAUACUUUUGUACAUAAUAAUUUUGUGAAUUUCUGACUAAAAGGGUAAUUAUUAAAUGAUGGACUUUCCAAAUAA